AUGGGCCAGGAAGAUGCUGUCUAUCUCGCCAAGCUCGCCGAGCAGGCUGAGCGCUAUGAGGAGAUGGUCGAGAACAUGAAGGUCGUUGCCUCUGCCAACGUUGAGCUUACGGUUGAGGAGCGGAAUCUCCUCUCCGUUGCCUACAAGAACGUCAUUGGUGCCCGCCGUGCGUCGUGGAGAAUUGUCACCUCCAUCGAGCAAAAAGAAGAGUCCAAGGGCAACGAGUCCCAGGUCACCCUCAUCAAGGAGUACCGCCAGAAGAUUGAGGCUGAGCUGGCCAAGAUCUGCGAUGACAUCCUUGAGGUUCUCGACAAGCACCUGAUUCCUUCGGCCCAGUCCGGUGAAUCCAAGGUCUUCUACCACAAGAUGAAGGGUGACUACCACCGUUAUCUCGCUGAGUUCGCCAUUGGCGACAAGCGCAAGGGCGCUGCCGACGCUUCUCUUGAGGCUUACAAGAGCGCCACCGAGGUCGCUCAAACCGAGUUGGCUCCUACCCACCCCAUCCGUCUCGGGUUGGCCCUGAACUUCUCGGUCUUCUACUACGAGAUCCUCAACUCCCCUGACCAGGCUUGCCAUCUCGCCAAGCUUGCUUUUGACGACGCCAUUGCUGAGCUCGACACCCUGAGCGAGGAGAGCUACAAGGACUCGACCCUCAUUAUGCAGCUCCUCAGAGACAACCUGACUCUCUGGACCUCUUCGGAGGCUGAGCCUGCCGGCGACUCGAACGCCCCCGCUCCUGAGAAGGAGGACGCUCCCGCCGCCGAGGGCGAGAAGCCUGCUGAGUAA